GUAGUUGUGAAGGGGUCUUCUGACUGCAUCGCUGCAUUUAAAAUGAAUCCUGACUUGAAACUCCCUUUUAUUUUCCUGCUCGUUGGAGUUUCUUUUCCUGUGGAACACUGUCCACCUCAAUGCAGGUGUGACUGGAAAAUCCAUAGUGUGCUGUGUACUGGAAUUGAAGUUGCCCCUUUUUUCCAUUACUCCAUACAGGAGGUGUGGCUUGUGAGGACAAAGCUUGCCUCUGUUCCUCAAAACAUGUUUGGCAGUUUGCCCAACAUUUCUCACAUAUCCAUCUCUGAUGAUAAUACCUUAGGAUCUCUUGAGAGGCAUUCUUUUUACAACCUGUCCAGGGUCAUACACAUAGAGCUACAUAGUAUCAAAACACUGACAUACAUUGAUCAAGAGGCAUUUAAGGAACUUCCGAACCUAAAAUAUCUUGGGAUCACCAACACAGGCCUAACAUCAUUUCCUGUUCUGCAAUCCAUUCAGUCAAAACAGGAGGAUUUGAUUUUGGAAAUAGUAGAAAAUGUCUUCAUACGAGUUAUCCCUGCCAAUUCUUUCACUGGAGUAUCCAAGAAUCCUUUGACAGUCAUGCUCAAUGGCAACGGUUUGACAGAGAUCCAGGACUAUGCUUUCAAUGGUACCCAGCUGGAAGAAGUAUACCUUUACAGGAAUAUGGAUUUGGAACAUAUAGCUGAAUUUGCAUUUUAUGGGGUGACUCAUGGCCCAACUCACUUAGACCUUUCAGAGACCAAAGUGCACUCUUUGCCUUCAAUAGGCAUGAACAGCAUUGAGAAGCUUCAAGUUAGUAAAGCAUGGGAACUCAAAGCUCUGCCUCCUUUCAGUGCCUUUCUUCAUUUGCAGAGUGCUCACAUGACCUUUGCAAGCCAUUGCUGUGGUCUUACAAUGCUUAAGAGAUGGAGAAGAGAAGCACAUUUCUGCAACCUAACCAGUGCAGCUCUUGCAAAGCUGCAGGAAUCCUCGGCAGUUUUCUUGGAGAAAGACAGCUCUGUGGUCCCACCUUCAGGAAGCACAUAUUACAAUCUAAACAACCUCACCAUCGGGUGUCCAGACAGACACACUCAAGAUGAGGGCUUGUUUGUUGUGGAUUUAUCUUCAGAGCAGUUUGGAGAAGAGUUUGACUUUGCUCUGUGUAAUGAUCUUUACAAGGAUAACAGGCCCUCGUGCACACCUCUGCCUGAUGCCCUGAACCCCUGUGAGGAUGUAAUGAGUCAAGGAUUCCUAAGGGUGUUGGUCUGGGUGGUCAGUUUGUUAGCCAUUUCAGCAAACUCGUUAGUGCUGGUCCUCCUGUUGACCUCCCAACAGAAACUGUCUGUCACUCGUUUCCUUUUGGGUCACCUAGCUUUUGCCGAUGGCUGUAUGGGGAUGUACUUACUGUUGAUUGCAUUGGUUGAUUUUUACACACACUCUCAUUACUAUCAUUAUGCUAUUUCUUGGCAAACAGGAAGUGGUUGUAAGCUGGCAGGGAUUUUGUCAGUGUUUGCUAGUGAGUUAUCUGUGUACACGUUGACUUCAAUCAGCUUUCAUCGCUGGCAUACGAUCUUUAAUGCCAUGUGGCCGGACAGACAGAUGAGGCUGCGGCAUGCAGCUGUGCUGAUGCUGAUAGGGUGGUUACUUUGUGGCACUGUUGCCUUUUUGCCGGUGCUUGGUGUGAACACUUACCAGAGAGUGAGCAUUUGUUUGCCCAUGGACACUGAGACAGCUGUUGCCCAGUUUUAUAUUGUUUCCGUUCUAAUUCUAAAUGUAAUAGCUAUUAUAGUAGUAUGCUUAUGUUACAUGAGCAUCUACUGUAUGGUGCAUAAUCCCAAGCAUGACUCCAGCAAAUGUGACACCAGCAUGGCCAAACGCAUGGCUGUUCUUAUUUUUACCAACUUUCUGUGUUUGGCCCCUAUUUGUUUCUAUGGUUUGUCUGCAGUGUUCCACCAACCACUGAUGACCAUCACAGAUUCUAAGGUGCUGCUCGUGCUUUUCUAUCCCCUGAACUCUUGUGCACACCCCUUUUUUUACGCUAUCCUGACUAAGGCAUUUCACAGAGACAUGCUGAUGCUGCUGAGUCGGAUGGGGCUGUGCAAGAGGCGAGCAUACCUCUCUCAAAGCCAUUUUCUCAGCAUGACUCCGCAUAUUUACAGAGAGACUCUGCCUGGCCGCACAGUCGGUCAACAGCAUCCCAAAACAUGAAUCACCCGUUUGCUUCUAAAACAUAUUAAAAUCCCAUCUUGUAGUCUCUGUUAUCAGCAAUUACUUUGUAUUUCCAUUUAUUUGACUUUAAUGUUAAUCUGUUUGUGCAGUGGUUAUUAGUUGUUGUAUCUGCUGUUUUGUGUCUUAUGAUAAAACUACACAGUGUCGCCUUG